ACAGUGCGGGGUGGUCAGAGUCGUGCGGUGCGCGUGGCGUGGUCCUCUGCGGGUCAAAGGUCAUUUAGUAGCGAGUGACCCACGCAGGCCCUCGGGGUCAGUCGGUGGUCGGUUGGGAAACGCUCGUGUCGCGCCGCGAGGGCAGUUUGGCAGUGAGCGGUGGGGCUUAGCCGGCGCGGCCGGCCAGUCGGUCGGCUGGUGUGUUCAAUUGUUCAUAGUGCAGACUGCAGAGUGCUUUAAAAGUGACUGAUGCAGUGACACCGCUGGUGCAGGUACCAGUCACAAAUGACCUGCCGGUAAUUCGCCACCGGUAACCCGCGGGAAGCAGCCGGUAACCAGUCGGUUUCCUGACCAGUAAACCGCUGUAGAGUGGCAACCCUGUUGUAAUUUUGUGAACUACUCUUCUGAAAUGCCGGACGUGUUCGAGCACCAGCCGUUCAUACCCCAGGACCUGGUGGACGAGGGUCCGUCGCGGCCACACCGACGGCUCUUCAUCGGUAUCGGCGCGGUACUGGUCGUCUCUGCCAUCGUCAUUGCCUGCGUGAUCCUGCUGACCCGCGAGGGCCCGGUGGUGGAGGCGCGCGCAGGCCCCUCGGUCACACGGCCGCUGCCCCUCACCAACGGCUCUGUGAUCACGCUGAAUGAGGUGCUGACCAUGCGCUACACGGCCGACUCCUUCGCCGGGGAGUGGAUCAGCGAUGACGAGAACAUUGAUGAUUCAGACGAAGGUCUGUUCAUAUUUAAUGUCAAGACCAAAGUCCGGACAAUAUUGAUACCACGCGCGCAAUGGAGUAAGCUGGCUUCCCACCGACGAUCAUUGUCCGACAGCCGUCAGUACGUGCUGUGUCCUCAUAGUGCCAAACAGAUUUAUCGGUACACCCGGCUAUCGUUAUAUGAUAUCUACGAUGUUAAAAAUAACCGUGUCAUACCCCUCACUCUGGGGCCAGACGCGCCCCGGCGGCGGCUUCAGUAUGCCACCUGGGUGCCUGGACGGGACAGCAUCGUCUUCGUCUUCGAGAACAACAUCUACAUCCGGCCACUCAUCACCAGUCCUGAGGUGGUGAAGGUCACCAGCACCGGCAUCAACAACGUCGUCUACAACGGCAUUCCCGACUGGGUGUACGAAGAGGAGGUGAUUGGCGAGGACAACACGAUCUGGUUCAGCGAGGACGGCAAGAUGAUGGCCUACGCCUCCUUCAACGACACCAAUGUGGACAUCAUGCCGCUGCAGCUGUACGGAGAGGCCGGCAAACUCGAGUACCAGUACCCCAUCACUAUUCCGCUGAGAUACCCCAAGCCUGGUCGUGAUAACCCCACUGUAGCUGUGUAUAUCGUGGAUCUGGACAGAGCCAUAGCCAAGAAACCGGCGGUCAAGCUGGUGCCUCCGCCAGCAGAAUUCAGCGCUAAAGAGCACUACCUGACGCGGGCCGCGUGGGCUGACAACGCGUCACUGGCACUGACGUGGAUGAACCGACAUCAGAACCAUACCAUCAUGACGCUGUUCACGGCCGCUACGUCACAGAUGAGCACGAUUCUAGACCAGCCGAGCCCGGACAACGCGUGGUGCGACAUCGAAGAGGUUCCCAUCUGGAGCAAGGACGGUUCCUCGUUCAUCACCCUGCUGCCCAAGCUGGAGGGCAGCGCCGGUCACUACAAACACAUCCACACGGUGUGGCGUAACGGCCUAGCGCGGGUCCCCAUCACCUCGGGACGGAUGACCGUGACCGAGAUCCUGCACUGGGAUCAGGAUAAUAACCUCAUCUACUUCAAGGCCGCCCCGGAGGAGGAGGCGUCUCAGCGCCACCUGUACACCGUCACCGAUAUCAAGGCCGCCACCUCCGGAAUCAUCACCUGCAUCACGUGCAAUGCCACGGCACCGGGCGGUCAGCCGUGCGCCAAAAACUCCUUCGACUUUAGUACGGGAGGAUCGCACUACGUUUGGACGUGCCAGGGACCGAGCACUGUGCCGCGGGUCAGCCUCCGACACACGGAGAAUCACCAGGAGCUGAUGCUGAUCGCUGAUAACAAGGCGCUCAGCAGGGACCUGGCUGGGAAGGUGCUGCCGCAGGAGAUGAGGCUGAUGCUGGAUGUGGCGGACGGCUUCAAGGCCCGCGUCAGGAUGAAGCUGCCGCCCGGACUCAAGGAGGACUCCAGCAGAAAGUACCCCAUGCUCGUCUACACGUACGGCGGCCCCAACAGUCAGGUGAUUGGUGACGGCUGGGGCGUGGCCUGGGACGACCACCUGGUCACCGAACGGGACAUCAUCUACGUCACCAUUGACGGGCGCGGCUCGGGCUACCGGGGUGACCGACUGCUGCAUUCCAUCUACUACAAAAUGGGCAUGGUCGAGGUGGAGGAUCAGAUCGCUGUGGCCAAGAAGCUGACGGCGCUGUACGACUUUAUCGACGCCAACCGGACUGCCAUCUGGGGCUGGUCGUACGGCGGCUACGUGACGGCCAGAGUGAUGGCCACAGAUACCCAGCAGGUGUUCAAGUGCGGCAUCUCGGUGGCGCCCGUCACCAACUGGAUCUACUACGAUACCAUCUACACCGAGCGCUACAUGGGCCUGCCGACGGCGGACGACAACGCUCGCGGCUACGCGGCCGGUGACGUGUCUGGAACGGUGGACAACUUCCGCAACAAGCAGUACCUGCUGAUUCACGGCACGGCCGACGACAACGUGCACUACCAGCAGUCGAUGAUGCUGUCCCGCUCGCUGGAGCAGGCCGACAUCAUGUUCAGGCAGCAGACGUACCCGGACGAGAACCACGGUCUGGGCGGCAUCCGUCGCCACCACUACCACACCAUGGAGCGGUUCCUGGAGGACUGUUUCCGCCUACCUCGGCUGCCGUUCAGCCCACCGCCCGCCUUCCCCGGCCGCCGCCGGCGCGCGUAGGAAUUAGGAAGAUCACGCAAUCACCACCGCCUCUGCUGUCCGAGCAGGGGAGUCUUCAACGUUCAUCAGGCUUAGAAAGAAGGAGCGAGGGCGACUGAAUGUCUUUACACCGAUCCUACAAAGCCCGGUACAGCUGCUACUCUGAGGUUGAAUAAAGCCGAGUGUUGUCUCAGUGCAGGCUGGUUCGCCCUACUGACCCACCAACCGGAGCGGCGCAAAUGGUACUACGGAGGGGUGAAUGGCUCUAGGACACUGGUGUUACGGUGAUUUUUGUCAGCCGGCAUACCUAUAAAGCAGUGCUGUCUGAAGGUGGUUGGCAGGCAGCUGGCAGCGGCUUGUCGUGAAUUGAGCUUCGGGAAAAGACUGGAUGACGUAACGAGCAGCUGACGAGCUAAACAAAAAGUAGGAACGUGUCGGUGGAUCCCGUAUUUUGGAGAUUUUACUGCGUGAGCUGAGAGCUCUCCCCGUGGUGCUACCCGGCGCACUAUGAAUGAAUCUCCCCGUGAAUGCCAAUUAUCAGACAAUUCGUGAUGGUCUGAGAACCCGGCGAUGUGUGUAUCAUUAUAUUUGGCGUUAGUGGAGGUGGUGACUAUGUAAGAAGUAAGCCAGUUUUGUGAGAACAUCUUUCAUAGGGCAGUGUUAACAUCAGUCAUUGAUUUGUGCCCUAGCGUUAGCGGUAAAAAGGCGAUAGCCGACGGUUUGUCAAUCACGUUUAUUUGCUCUUAAGAAUCUCUACAAUCUACAUAAUGGUGUACCCGAACUAGACUGACUAGCGUUCCGACCUGCAUUCCACAUAUGUGCGGAUGGCCAGUGUUUUGAUCCGCAUGGAAAACCCUUGUUAGCCCACUGAGUGUGACAAUGGAAUCAUCCCGCGUCUUGCCGUACAUAAUACGGCGGCCUCCUGUUGGCCAAUCGGUGUGUUCAGUAUCAUUGAGCGAACGGCCGCAGGUCUCCAUAGAAACCGUGAUUUGUGUUCCCUGGUUGACACACUGAUGAUGUAUCUGAGACCGCCACUGCGUCUCUGCGUGAGAUUGUCGUGGGGUCUCCGUGGAACUCCCAAGUGGUCGGCGUUUAGCUGUAGGCUUGUGACUGAUCUGUAAGCGAAUAUGCCAUGUUAUAGAGCGACUCUGUCAACAGACAGGCGCAGUGGGACGCGCCACGGCCGCCGCCCAAGUGUAUGUACGCUCGGCGGAGUAUCGGGAGUAUUUUGGAAUGUUGUGCUGGUGUGCGGUGUGUGUGACUGAUAUGUAAUGUGACGUGUCGCGCGCUCAAUAUGAAAACCAUCCGCCA